AUGGUGAGCAACCUCUCCAACAUCUCCUCCCUCCUCUGGCACGCCUUUGCCGCCCUCCCUUCUCCCUCCUCCGCCGUCAACUGGGCCGGUUUCUACAUCCGCGAUGACAAGUUCCCCGCCCUCGCCUCGCCCAUCUCAUCGCCUCCUCUGGGCGCCGACCCCAGAGCCGGCAGCGUGACGAUCUCGACCACAUACGCCUCGAUCGAGGACCAGCUUCUCCUGCUGGGUCCGUUCAUGGGCAAGCCCGCAUGUCAGCAAAUUCGCUUCGGUAAGGGCGUCUGCGGAACUGCCGCUGCCAGCCACGAGACUGUCGUUGUGCCGGACGUGCUUGAGUUCCCGGGACACAUUGCCUGCGAUGCGGAGAGCCGCAGUGAGAUUGUGGUGCCUAUUCUUGUGCGCGGGGAGGUAAGAACUAGUACCCUACCUUAG